AGCGAGGUAAUGGCAGCCAGAACGUUCGGAGUGGGAGGACUGCAGCCUGGCGAACGCUACGAGAUCAGAGUUACUGCCUACAACUCUGCCGGAGCAACUCCAGCGCUCUACACCGUCACCACCGCUGCUCUGUACUCUGCAGACGAGCAGCAAAUGCUGGGACGCGGGGACGGCUUCUGGACGCCGCCUCAAGACUCGUCCCGCGCCAUGUCGUCCAGCGAUGCGCGCUGGAGCAAUCCUCGGCUGAUCGUGCCGCUGAUUUUGUCAGCGAGCACCUUAUUGCUGACCUCCUUCUCGCUCUGCUACUUCUACCACAAAAGACGUUCGUUCAAUGGGCGCGCAGAUCACAUCAGCGGCGACAAGAAUAAAUGCAACCCUGACGACCAGUUCAUUCAACAUCCCAAUGAGGAGAACAAAUUUAAUCCCCUGACCGAGAACGUUUACCACUACGUCACGACCGGUUACCCGUUCUCUCAGCACGAUACUGAUGGGCAUGAAGUAAUAGAUCGUGGACGAAUCUCUCCUUCACAGAGGCACAACUCUGCAGCCUACAAAUCUGCAGAGCACGAAAGUAUUGCUCUGAAAUUAGCCGAAUCCCAAACUACAGAGCAUGGAAUUACGGCACUGAACUGUGCUGAAUACAAAUAUGCAGAGCAAGUAAAUACUGCACUGAACUCUGCAAGAUACCCGCCUGCAGAGCAGUCAGGUAUUGCUUUGACACAACGUCCUACAUCUGAGGAAAACAGAACGUUUUCGUCCAUACACUUUCAUUCUUCGUCACUGCACGAAGUCGACGAUGCCUCUUUGACGAGCGCCUACACUGAGUUGGGCACUAUACCCGCUGAAGACACAAAGUUCGUCUCUGUAUCAGACAGAAAACUCGGGCAGGCGGGACCUGGCAUUCAUCAGCAUCAGCGGACGCAACAAAACCUGGCUCAGGUGUGCCAUAAGCCACUAACGGUGCUGCAAAAACCUGGCAACGUCACAUCCCGACCUCGGCAAAAACAUCAGAGGUUCAAACACGAAGAAAGGGAAGAUGUUAGUCCUUAUCCUCUUGAUCGAAGUAUGACAUCUUUUCAUUAGAUAUAUUAGCUUUUUGUUAUCAAUAUUUUUUCUAUUUCGUUAAUUAGAGGGAAAAUUGGAGAAACUAUUUCUAAUGUUCAUUUAUACUAGUUCCCUAAUAUAUACUUUGAGACUUCAUAAUAAUAUUUUUGACCUAUUUUAGAACAUCCACAUUGUACAAAACCAACUUAUGUUCCAAAAUCUCUUAGAAAAAUCUUAUCACCAGUGCUGUCCAAUUUAAACUUUUGACUUUCAGUUUCCAGCAUUCGAAACUGCAUUUCUACGCCCAAAUUAUUCGGAAGCAAUCAUUAUUUUGGAGUCACUGAAAGUUAUUAAUCUGAGGAGCAACCUUUCAAACAGUAUAGCUGCGUGUUUCUACAUUACAUUACCAAAGCCAUCCCUUAACCUUCUUCAGUGCUAUUCGUACCUAAAUGACUGGUAAUUUGAGUUACCGUCAAUAAACAAAGAUUUAAGUUAUAUGAACAUUUCAUUACAAAUUUUCUUUUAAAAUCUUACGUUUUCAUUAGGAAGAUUUAUAUUUUUUGUCGCUACUCAGCAGUUCGACAUUCUUCGCGUCAUGUAUUCGAUAAUAAUGUCUAUGUUUCCGAAGCAUCAAAAAAUUUCUAUCUAACUAUACUCCUCGUGGCUGGGAUAACAAUACGAGGCUCAUAUUUUACAACAUAAAGUCAUGCAAGGUCCAAUGCAAACUAUGAAAUGUAUAUAUAAUCA